AUGAAAUCUAAGUGUAAUCCUCAAGAUAAAAAAGUGACGGUAAUGAUUAAUAAGAAUAACUAGAAUAUUUCUUUUGAUUUGAAUUCAAAUAACAAACCAAAAUAUUAUAUAUCAAACACAACAUGUCAUAAAGAUAAUUAGAAGUUUUUUAAUUGCAGCAAUAUGUCACCUAUAGUAGUUGAAACAUCAACUCCAAGAAAAAGACUUAUUUCUGGCAAAAGAGUUAGUAUUCUUAUUUCUAUAUUAGACUCAACAUAAGGCUAAUAGUUCUAAUAAUAACUCAAACAAUAAAAUUUAAAAUAGAUAGAAAAAAUCAUCAUCCAAUUAAAGAACUAAUUUAACAGUUAAGACUGGAUCAUCUAUUGAAGCACUUAAAGAAUUAAUGGGAAAAAGUAAGUAUAUAAAAUAAUUAGAUUAUUUCAAAUAACUAUUACAAAUAAAUACAGAUAAAUUUAAGAAUGCAAAAGAUAUUUCAUUCAUAGAGACAAAAAAGAGUAACUCAAGUGAAUUUGGAUUUGAUAAUAGAUUCAAUAAAAAUUACUAGUAAUUAAAUCAAUAAGGUAUUAAAACAACAACUAAUAAAUCAGGAUCAAAAGAUAGAUAUUCAUUAUAAGUAUUUUAAAUAUUAUUAAUCAAUAGAAAGUAUUCUCAAAAGUAAUAGAUUAAGAAAAAUCUUCAUCACCUACUAAAAAAAUAGAUUGGAGUAAAAUCAAAUUGCCUUUGACUCCAAAAGAAUGUAUAUAAUAAUUUGGAUAAUAUUUGACUGAUUUUGAAAAAUAAGAGAUUCAUGGAUUUAGUAGAGUAUAUAUAAUAAAUUUAUAAGUUAAGAUUUAUUGUAUAGGAUUGACAUCUAAAAAAAUUGAUUAAAAAUAAACAAAUUAUAAUGAUGGUUUUGAUGAUUCAAAAGGUGAGUAUUUAUUUUCAAUUAAUGAUCAUAUUGGAUACAGAUAUGAGAUUUUAGAAAUAGUAGGUAAAGGUAGUUUUGGAUCAGCAUUCAAAGUAUUUGAUCAUAAAAGAUAAUAAGUUUAAUGCUUAAAAAUUAUAAGAAAUAAAAAGAAAUUUACAAAUUAAGCAUUAGUAGAAUUAAAUAUAUUAACAUAUGUCAAAGAAAAAGAUGAAGAAAAUGUAACAAAUAUUGUUAAAAUAAAAGAUUUUGUAAUCUUUAGAAAUCAUGUGGUAUAUUUUAUUAAUCUCUAUUUUUUAGUGUAUCUCUUUUGAAUUCUUAUCAAUAAAUUUGUAUUAAUUAAUAAAGAAUAAUAAUUUUUAGAGUUUAUCUUUAGAACUCAUAAGAAGAUUUGCAAUUUAAAUUCUAAAUGCAUUAAACUUUUUAAGUAAACAUAAAAUAAUUCAUUGUGAUUUAAAACCUGAAAAUAUAUUAUUAAAAUAGGCAAAUAAAAGUGGAAUUAAAAUCAUAGAUUUUGGAAGUAGUUGUUUUGAAAACUAAAAGAUAUAUUCAUAUAUACAAUCAAGAUAUUAUAGAGCACCUGAAGUAAUGUUUGGAAUCCCCUAUGAUACAAGUAUUGAUAUGUGGAGCUUUGGAUGUAUUAUGGCAGAACUAUAUUUGGGAUACCCAAUAUUUCCAGGUGAUGAUGAAUAAGAAUAAAUUGCAUAUAUAUUAGAAAUACUUGGUAUGCCAGAUAAUGAAGUUUUAGAAGUAAAUAUUUUUUAAUUAUUUAAGAUUGCCUAAAGGAGAAAAGUUUUCUUUACUGACUCUUUACCUUUUUAACCUUUAUGUUUGUAAAAUAAAGGUGGUAAAUUAAGAAUACCUGGUAGUAAGACUUUAUCAGAAGUCUUAAAAUGCAACGACAAUAAUUUUAUUGAUUUCUUAUAAUAAUGUUUAGUGUGGAAUCCUAAAAAGAGAAUCAGUCCUAUUGAUGCUCUUAUGCAUUCUUGGAUUCUUGAAGGACUACCUAGUCAAAUAAGAGUUUAGCAUGUUUAAUAUUUAGAAAGUUAAUAACAAUACUUUGAUAUUAAUGACAAAAAAUAAGAAACAAAUUUAAAAUAGGGUUAAUAAGGAUAAUAAAAAUUAUAAAAUCAUCAUAUCUCAGAACCAGAAAUGAAUUAAGAAAAUAAAGUAUAUAAUAUUUUUAAGAUAUUUUAGAAACCUAAUCAGAUAAGAACAUUUUCAAGAGAGAAAGAAUUAUUGAUUAAUGUUUCAUAGAAUCCUACUCCAAAUAAUAAGAAAACAUCUUAAUCAUUUCAUUCAAGUAAAAACAGCAAUAAAUAACAAUUAAAUUUUAUUCAAUAAUUACCAGGAACUACAAAAUAUGCAAACAAGAAAACUCAUUAUUUUUAUUGA